CACACUUUAAGCAAUAAUGGGAAUUUUAAAGUUAGAGGACUUGCUAGAUCAGAUACCUUCUCUCUGUGAGGAGGUUAACAUAGAAAAAACAGGUCUCAUCAUUGAUGGUGCAGCUCUGUACUAUUUUUUGUAUUAUUACUCUAAUCUGAAGCUGGACCAGCGCUGUGGAGGAGAUUAUCCUGGAUUUAAAGAUGAGGUCUGUAACUUCUUUAAGACUCUGCAGGACUGUGAAGUCACUCCGUACGUCUUCCUGGAUGGAGGCUCAGGAUCUGACAAGCGUGAACAUCUUGUGUCUCAUCUAAAAAAAAAACUGGAAAAAGCAAAGACAGUAGCAGAGACUGAGCUUGGCUGCACUGUACGAAAAAGAUACAGGCCUAACGUCUUACCACCUCUGGUCAGAGAUGUCUUCAUAGAAAUCUUGAAGGAGAAAGACAUAGAGUUUAAACAGUGUUUAGGAGAGGCAGACCCUGAGAUUUUUUCUGCUGCAAAUCAGAACCAAUGUGCUGUGCUGUCCAUUGACACAGAUUUCUGCAUCUAUGAUGUGCACAAAGGUUUCCUUCAUCUUAAACACUUUGAGUGGAAAAGAAAGAAGGAUGGAAAAAUUCCUGCUAAGCUCUACACACGUUCAAAGUUUUGUGAGCAUUUUAAAUUGGACCCUGCUCUCAUGCCAGUCUUUGCUUCAAUAGCAGGAAAUGAUUGUUCAAGAUUAGGUAAAGAAAUAUUUGCAAAUGAAUCAUCUUCACCUGGCCAAAACGACAUCAAACGACUGUAUGGUAUGCUCACAUUUUUAAGCAAAUUGAAGCUGGACAGCUGUAAUGAUUCAGUGAAGAGAGAACAAGCUCUGCAAAAUGCUGUAAAUCACGUUCGUGAGAUCGAGGACAGAUCUUUCAAACUCUCCAUUCAAAAAUAUGUUGAACCAACAAAGACUGAUUCUGAGCUGCCUUUAUGGGUUCUUCAAAAAAUUGAGCGUGGAGAACUCACCACUUUCGUCAUAAAUAUUGUGGAUCAGAAGACAAUGAUCCUGCCUGCUCUUGUGGAGGACUUUUCACAGCCAAGCAGUUACACUGCUGCUUACUGCAUCAGACAGUACUUCUAUGGACUGUUAACUGGAGGUCAGAUGUGCACUGAAUAUGACAGGGAUAGAGAAGAGAUCAAAGACAAGCGUGUCCCAUCAAUACUCCUCAGCAGUGAUGAUCAGAAACAACUGCAACUAGAGCGUCUGCAUGAGGCUCCUGAGGGUUUGCGUCGCAGAGUGUUUGAAGAAGCUCUGCAGGUUCAGACUUUAGACUUAGGAAACAUCCCCGACCAGCUGAAGCUGCCAGUCUGUGUGACUGUUUUCUGGUUCAAGAGGCUACAACACCACCCAAAACCUGAAACUGUCCACUGCCUCCACGCCCUCCUGUUGGGGUUUGUGUUUGACCAACAUGGUCCAGAGGACGAGUUUGAGAGGAAGAUGAAAGCUUUAAAGGAUGCAGCUAUCAGGAGGAAAUGGCAGCCCCGUGUGGCUCAUGCUUUCAGCCAAUGGCUGUGCUGCAUGAGGCAGAGCCUCCACCUGAACCAGCUGCUGUGUUCCCCUCUACCAGAACCUCAGUGUGCCCGGCUUUACUGUGGACCUCUCCUUCAUCGGCUGGCAGAUGAAGACACGAUUGAAGAAGUACAGAAAACACUGAGAGGAGAAAAGAAGGAAUUAUGUGACAUGAAGCCAUACUGA